AAAUCAAACACAACAUGCCGGUCGAUAAGAUAAUCCCCGAAACGGGUCAAAAAUGGCCAGAAAAUGUUGGUAUUAUUGCGAUGGAGGUUUACUUUCCUUUUACAUGUGUCAACCAGGAAAAAUUGGAAGAGUUUGAUGGUGUUAGUAAAGGGAAAUAUACGAUCGGUUUGGGGCAACGAAACAUGGGUUUCUGCGGAGACCGCGAAGACAUCAACUCGAUGUCGCUUACGGUUGUUCACAAACUGAUGGAGCGAAACUCAAUCGAUCCAAAUGAUAUCGGCCGGCUUGAAGUUGGAACAGAGACGUUGAUUGACAAAUCGAAAUCUGUGAAAAGCUUUCUGAUGCAGCUGUUUGAGGAGAGUGGUAACACAAACAUUGAAGGGAUCGAUACGACAAACGCUUGUUAUGGUGGUACACAAGCGCUCUUUAAUUCAAUUGCGUGGAUAGAAAGCAGUGCGUGGGAUGGUGAGUUUUAAAUUUAUUGAACACUGAAAAUUAAAGGAAAGAAUGUUGUUUGCUUGAGCUUUAGACUUUUAUUAAGUACAAAGGUCGAUCAUUUCAUUCCGAGUUGUCAGGUUUCAACUUGCAGUCCUUGCAGAUUCAAAGUUCUCAAACUAAAGCCCAGAGCUUUUUUUUACAAUGUCACAUUAUGGCUUCAUCAGAAAGCGAAGAGACUGUCUCGCUUAGAAAAUGUAACUAAACAAAGCAAUUAAAAUAAUGAAAGCCUCGGGAAAGCCUUUUUUUAUCGACACUAGUUGGAACGUAGAUGAAACUUCUGAGUAAAACUAAUGUUCGUGCGAUAAGUGCUGUCAUAAGCACUUUCAAGUGUGCCAUCGUGAUUGAAUUAAUGACCCAACAAAGACUUCCGCUGGUUAUUUUACUUCAUCUUUUGACCCAACAUGCCCCGGCAAACACAUGCGGAUAUCCGCUGAUAUUUUCUGAAUAUUAUUCCCCAAUGUUGAAACAUGAUAAUUCAAUUAUUUUUCAGACUUCCUAGGUACAGUGUUGUCAAGUUUAUGUAGACCAUUCAGUGUUGCUAAUCACGAUUUCUUGGUUCAUUCUAGUAGAAAAUGAAAUGAAUAUGUAUUUCUUAGUACAUUAAUAUCUAUGUAAAUAUGUAUGCUUAUAAUCAAUCAGAUAUUUUUGCUGAUGUGUAAUUGCUUUUAAAUGUGUCAUUUGGCUGAACAGUCAAGAAAAAGCCAUGUGGCUUUUGCACUCACUCGGCUAUGUUGCAAAAACUAUAAGAAAACAUAUAUAUAUAUAUUUAUUAAUUGUGAGUGUCUUGUUUUGAUUUUAAAACUAAAGGAAGUUUUUAUCGUAGAAUCUUUUUGUGGUCGUCCCUUUCCUGCCUGUCUACCAUGUCUUAUCUAGCUUGACACAAAAGUUUUGCGUAGCGUUCAUAUGUCACAAAACUUAUUGAUGGAGUUUGAUCCGGCCAGAUGGUAAAGUACUUGGCUCUCAGUCAUAAUACACAGACUUUUCAAUCCUAAAGUCAUGAUUUUGAGCCAAAAAUGUUCUAGCCCAACCUUUCCAAUCAUUCUCUAAGUCUCUACUGGUCAUAUUUUUCAUGGCUUUUUCUUUUUGUAAAAUUUCAUGUAACAAUCUACUCUUUUUUUUAAUGUAAUGAAGUGGAGGAAAUGAUAAAAAAAAUCAAAAACAAAACAAAACAAAAAAAAACAUUCUCUAUGUGGCACAAAAAAUAUGCCUGUGUACUUAUCUUUGGACAGUAUCUGUUUCUUAAAGUGAUAAGUUUUGGUUUCAAGAGUUUUGCUCUCAGGGCAGAUAAGCCCACAUACAAAUAUUCUGUCAUAUUUCUUUACAAAAUGGUGGCUAUCAUUUAUUAACAGUGUACUUUUGAAAUGUUCAUUACUACUGUUUAGUUGCGCACACAUGUGGGGCUGAAGUAGGCCAUGAAAUUUUUUACUCUCCCACACAAGCCUGACUUCUACUUUUGGUUUUGAUGCACAGGUCGACUAGCUAUUGUUGUUGCUGCUGACAUUGCUGUAUAUGCAGCUGGCAAUGCACGUAGCACUGGUGGAGCAGGAGCAGUUGCUAUGCUGGUUGGACCAAAUGCUCCUGUGGUUAUGGAACGAGGUGAGUUGACUUUUAAUCUUUAAACUACUAUGAGUGACCAAGGCAGAAUUUCUCCUUACUAUGUCUGUAUAGUAUCAUGUAAACAAGUGAUGAGAAUAAAGAAAAAUAUCAAUUAUGGGCUUACUAAUUGAUCCUAUACUGAAUUCUCCAAACUGACAUAAUGAGAAUCAUUUGGCACACAGUAAUGGGAAUUACUUAUGAGAUCUUGGGAGUUAAAGGGUUAACCCUGACAUUAUUGUAGGUUACAUAAUUGAACACCACUUAAUCCUUUGAGCCCCUAAGUGCGAUCAGAGUCAAAUUUCUCCUCACAAGAUUACCCCCCAAAUGACACAUUUAGGUCACAAGAAUAAAGGAAAUGAUCACCAGCUAAAGAAGCUCUUGAUUGUUAAACAAAUUCUCCUUGCCAGUCCAUUAGGAAAUGUGUAGGAAGCAGUAUGGAGAAUAGGCAUUUUGAUGUUAGAGUGUAAAAGGUUAGGGGGAUGCAGUGUCAGUAGCUGUUAAUUUGCAAGAAACAGUGGGAUCUAGAGAAAUCCACCAAAUGGAGGAGGGGAAAGUUGGUGAGAGAGCAUUUUCUGUGAUCUACUAAUGCAAAGACCCACAACAACAUGGAAUCUAUCUGCCAACUAUAUAUGAUAGAAAAGGCAAAAUGUUGUUUAUGGUGAUUUCAUCUAUAUGUUUGUCAUCAAUGCAUUGUAAGGAAGAACUGAUCAAACUUCAUGUGUUAUUCAGCUUAUCAUUUGAUGUCCAAUAUUGUAAGCUUUUGAAUCAGCAGGUAGUUAAUUCUAGAAAUUUUUUACACUGAACAUAUUAAAAAGGAUUUAGGGGUUUUAUAAAGAAUUGUUUUAUCAUACAGAAAUAGAAAUUAAGGAAGACAAAGUGCUGCCCAUUUUUCAUGGGAUUUAUUGGAAGGGUCAUGUGCCUCUGAGAAUUGCAUUGUACAGUGUGUCCCUUAAGGGUUGAUUUCAAGUAUUUUCUGCCUAGAUGUUCUGUUUAUAUCUGUAAUUUAGGAAUUUGACACUUUUUAGAUAUUAGAAACAUAUUCUACUUUUUAAUUCUUUUUUUCUUUAUUUCACUACAUAACCAACUAGGUUAUUAAUUAAUUUGUGAAGGUGUCAUUUGUGAAGAUGUCAUUUGUGAAGGUCCCACUGAAAAUCGCCUCGGCAAGUUGAGGUUGCUCAUUAGAUAUAUGACGAUCAUAAUGAUAGUCAAUAUUAUUAUUAUUAUUAUUAUUAUCAUUAUUCUAAUAAAUUACUUAUUUACCAUUUCCUUCAUUGCAUUAGGAUUGAGGUCAGUGCACAUGCAGCAUGCAUAUGAUUUCUACAAGCCAAACAUGUCCUCUGAGUAUCCUGUUGUUGAUGGAAAACUCUCAGUUCAAUGCUACUUUAAUGCACUGGACCAGUGUUAUAAGAGAUACAAAGAGAAAGGAAAGCAGCUCUGUCAAAAGGCAUCAUUUACACUGGAUGAUAUCGAUUAUGCUGUGUUUCACACUCCUUUCUGUCGGAUUGUUCAGAAAUCACUGGCCCGGUUGAUGCUUCAGGAUUUUCUUUCUGACAUUGGAUGUGAAAGUUCUGAGAGAGAAAAAUAUUCUGAUUUAGCAAAAUUUAGGUGAGUCGUAUGUCACUUGUUACUGUCACACUCAUGUAACCAUAAACACCAGCUGCCAGUUGUAUAAAGGGCGGAUAACGCAAUCCAACGGAUAAAUCACUAUCCAGCGGAUGUGAUAACAAAACGUAUAGCGUUAUCCACCGGAUAGAGAUUUAUAUAAUGAAUAGCACUAUCCGACCUUCGAACAACAGGGGCCAGAAGAAUAGAGCAAAUUUUUAACCGAGUGUCGAAAAUAAUCCUCGAUUGCAUUGGUUUUUGCUUUAAUUCGCUCUUUGAUUGGUCCAGGAAACUCGCGCCGUUUUCUCAACCAAUCAGAUGCAAAGCUAGCACCAAGUGCGAGCUGGUUGCCAGCGUUUUCCCGCGCUUUAGGCAGUUUGCGUGUUUUAACUCUGAGCUCUCAUUGGGGCUCUUCAGGGUUCUUUCCUUUUCAUUUCAUUGGCUGUUAUCUCUUAUUUUGGUUUGGUUUUACUACACUCAAUGGAAAAGCGCGCUACUGAGAAUAACUUCUUUCUUUAUCUGAAGACCGCAGUCAGAGGUUAGCUUCUCUCUUAUUAUCUUCCUUACAUUCUGUUCAUGUCAUGUAUUGUACAGUUUAACAAUAAGCAGACAUGCCUAUCCAGCAGUUCAUUGUAACGAUCAUCUAGGGCUUAUUUCUCUCUCAUUCCCUUUCAUGCAGAGAUGUCAAAUUGGAAGAAACGUUUCAAGACGAGGGUAAAGCCAAGGAAAUCGAGAAAGCGUCAAUGAAAUGUAGUAAAGAUGCUUACGACAAAAAAACAGCGCCAUCCUUGUGUAUUUCUCGUAACGUUGGAAAUAUGUACACACCUUCACUUUAUGGUUGUUUAGCUUCCCUCCUGUUCAGGUAAUGGUCAGCGUCAAGUCAUUAAAACUAGGAAAUAUAUGCAAUAUUGUGUUAUGGUGAUUUGACAAGUAACUAGAUCGAUAUCUACGGUCAAUAGCAUAAAAAGCGCUGCACAGGGCACUUGUCAUGUGAUCAAAAACGAUCAGUGCAAGAGUACGAGCAACUCCUUAACGGCGAAAUCCGUCGCGCUAAAAAAAAAAAAAUUGGAAAGAAAAAGCGGAAAAUUAAGUCAGCGCGCCGCGCAGAACUUUGGCAGAGAUAAGGACGUUCUGCGCGGCGCGCUGACAUAUUUUUUUCCUAUUAUUAUUAUUAUUAUUAUUAUUAUUAUUAUUAUUAUUAUUAUUAAUAUUAUUAUUAUUAUCAUGAUUAUUAUUAUUUUUUUAUUAUUAUUUUAUUUGCGCGACAAACUUCGCCAGGAAGGAGGGACUGCUUAUAUUCUAGAUUAACUUGCGACAGUAACUUUUCCGUCUGUCAGUCAGUCUGCUUGUCUGUCUCUGUAAGCGUGUGUGUUAGUCAGUCAUGGUCAGUCAUUCCGUCUAUCUGUCAUUCUAUCUGUCUGUCUGUUCUUGCGUCUGCCUGGCUGUUUUUCUGUCUCUGUCCAGUCUCUGCUCGUCCAGAACUCAAAGAAAUGACACCAUAAUAAUUCUUGAUAGAAGAUCUGUAAGAUAUUUCACACCUGAUUCUGCCCGCUUUAACUUACAGUUUUUAUGAAACAUUUUUCUAUUUUUGACGGAUGACAGUUUGUGUGAAUUUCUGCUUUCCUGUUUAUAUUUACAGAUCAAACAGCGAUCACUUUGUACCCGAGCAAAUUCGUCUUGACAAAGUUCUCUUGUUAUCUCCUUUUUUUUUUCUUUUUUAGCGAAUUGCUCGAUGAAUUGGCCGGCAAACGAGUGAUGUUGUUUUCCUAUGGCUCUGGACUCGCUUCAGCCAUGUUUUCCUUUCGAAUCUCAGACGAUUUUGGACCCAGUUCCCCACUGAACACACUGGUGACGUCACUGAAGGAUAUCCCAGCACGCUUGACGUCCCGGAAAGAAGAGGAACCCGCCGAGUUUCUGGAAACCCUCAAAAUACGCGAACAUACGCAUAACAAUAGCAGUUACACGCCGAUCGGCUCUGAGGAAGAUUUAUUUCCAGGGACUUAUUAUUUGACGUAUGUGGAUGACAAGUUUCGACGAACCUACCAGCGAAAAAAAAAUUCCUCUAAUGAGGGGAGCUGUAUGGUUGUUUAAAGGGGAUUUGUGCUUUGGAGUCCAGAUGAUUUUAAUCACUUUUAGUAUCUAUAAAAUUGUGACACUUACGGCGUUUUGAGAUUCCAAAGAGUAACCCUCUUUUUUUUUUUCGAAAGUUGUCUUCGAAUUAGGGAAAACUUCGAGCGCCACUUUGAAUCGUGCUCAGCAGCCUGGCCACUUUCCUGUGACGUGAUCUAGUCUCCUGCAGACUCCCCAGUUUGAUUUAUUAUUAUUAUUAUAAUUAUUAUUAUUACUUUGCAAUAAUUAGAAGAGUAACUGUUUGUGAACCUAGCGUUGCGAUUUACUAAUUUUUUUCCAAUUUGCACGCCAUAAUCGAAUUAUAAGCACAUCCAAAACAAUUUUGGAUCUUUACAGUCUCUGUCUGAAAUCUCUGAACGCCGCAAGGAUUUGGUACUAUAUACACAUUUUAAAUGAUGGUUUGUGGAACACAAUUUUAUUAACCAGAGCAGAUUUUAGGUAUACCUGCACCAUGCAAGUAAUUUAAAAAAGUUUGUUACAUAAUAUGACGGUGGAUCUGUGUUAAUCAACCAUUUUUUGUAAUCCUAACCAGAGGAUGUCUCGAAACUUAUUUUUUUAGGUCCUCGUUGUUAACGCUCGUGCAAGAGAAUGGGGAAUGUUUCUCUCCGAAAUUUUAUUUAUAACGCUGAUCUCGAUGAUGUGUUUAUUAUGUGAAAUUGUUCGUCGAAAUACAGCGUUAUGAUUUACCUUCUCCGUGUGGAGGUAACUGCAAGCAGUAAUUGCUUUGAAAUUAACAGUUUAAGUGUUAUUUGGCGUUAAUUAGCCUUUUUGUUCUUUCAAUUGAUGUAAUGAAAAGAGUGAAUUGCCGCUAAAAUGGUUACCAACGUCAUAAUCAUAGGGAAAUACUUCAUUAGACUUCUAACUGCGAAGUCACUAAUUAAAUUAGGGACAAUUUAUUCAAAAAUGACAAACUCGAAGAGAUAUUUUGCUGAGUUGUUGCAAUUUGUGAAGGGUGUAAUUGUGGAUGGCUCGAAUCUUCUUACUCGCUUGAAUUUUAAUGGUAACAGUUAAAGUAAACGUAGUAAAUAAGUGUAGUAUAACUUUGAAUAACCCCCCUUCCCGCUCAACAAUGAAAAUAUGAAGUGAAUGUC